ACAGCCCGGGAGCGAUGGCUCCGUCCGAAGCGAGCUGGGACCCCCUCGGCUUCGCCCCCUCGAGCCGUUGGCGGGUCCCGGGCUGGGGUGGCCAAGGCCCGAAGCCCGGGGAUCAUAAAGGGGUGGGCCAGUCUUCACCCAUCCAUUCUCACUCUGAGAUGUCCUUCUGAGGAGUCAUCCCUCCCAACCCCCAGCUUUCUGGAGACUGGACCAGGCAGGCUUCGGUCCCUGCAGAGCGCAUCCCCCACCCCACGCCCAGAUGCCGGAGUAGAGUUUAUUUCCGGUCCCCUCCUCCCUGGCCCCGGGGCCAUCAAGGGAGGAGCGAUGGAGAAGUGGGCGGGCAGGUCCCGGUUGUGUCUGAUGCUGCUUCUGUUCCUCCCUCAGCUCUGCCUGGAUCAGGAGGUGUUGCCUGGGCACUCUCUUCAGACACCUCCCGAGGAGAACCAGGGCCCUGAGGGUGUCUGGGGUCCUUGGGACCAGUGGGCCUCUUGCUCCCAGCCCUGCGGGGUUGGGGUGCAGCGCAGGAGCCGGACGUGUCAGCUCCCUACAGCUCAACUCCACCAGGGCCUGCCCCUCCCACCCCGGCCCCCAAGACAUCCAGAAGCCCUGCUCCCCCGGGGUCAAGGCACCAGACCUCAUACUUCCCGAGAAACCCUUCCCCUGUACAGGCCACCACCUCGGGGAAGAGGUGGCCCCCUUCGAGGUCCUGCUUCUCAUUUAGGGAGAGAGGAGGCCCAGGAGAUUGAAGGAGCCAGGAGGUCCCGGGUUCGAGACCCCAUCAAGCCAGGAAUGUUCGGUUAUGGGAGAGUGCCCUUUGCUUUGCCGCUCCAUCGGAACCGCAGGCACCCCAGGAGACCGCCCAGCUCUGAGCUCUCGAAGACCUCAGAUCUUCCAUCCCUGACUCCAAGAACAGAGCCAUCUUCUGCAAACCACACCCCGCAAACUGAACUCCCUCCUACUGAACCGUCUGCCCACACCCUGUCCCCCCCAGGAGAACCCCCAAGCCCCGAAGCUGCUCAGACAGAGAUGCCCUCUAGAACCAGGCCUGCCCUCACACGGCCCCACCCCAGAGCCCAGGCCUCUGGCACAGAGCCCUCCUUGUUCCCUCCAUCCCCAGGAGAAGGUAGCUCCUUUCACAUGUCCCCUCAGCCAAGAAGGCCAAGUUCCCAGGGUUGGGCCAGUCCCCGGCUGGCAGAGAGACACCCUAAUCCUUUCCUUUCUGUCCCUCGGAGCCGAGGCCAGCAAAGCCGGGAGCACUGGAGACCUGGGGGGAAUCUUCACGGGUCCCUCACGGAGUCUGUCCCUCACUACCCAGAUGGCUGGUUGCCUCUGCUGAGUGCUGGCCCCCAUUCCAGCCCCCUCUGGAGCCUCUUUGCUCCCAGUAGCCCUGUCCCAAGAUGUUCUGGGGAGAGUGAGCAGCUGAGAGCCUGCAGCCAAGCGCCCUGCCCCCCUGAGCAGCCAGACCCCCGGGCCCUGCAGUGUGCAGCCUUUGACUCCCAGGAGUUCAUGGGUCAGCUGUACCAGUGGGAGCCCUUCACAGAAGUUCAGGGUUCCCAGCGCUGUGAACUGAACUGCCGUCCCCGUGGCUUCCGCUUCUAUGUCCGUCACACCGAAAAGGUCCAGGACGGGACCCUGUGUCAGCCUGGAGCCCCAGACAUCUGUGUGGCCGGACACUGUCUGAGCCCUGGCUGUGACGGGAUCCUUGGCUCGGGCCGGCGUCCAGAUGGCUGUGGAGUCUGUGGGGGUGAUGAUUCUACCUGUCGCCUCGUCUCGGGGAACCUCACUGACCGGGGGGGCCCUCUGGGCUAUCAGAAAAUCCUGUUGAUUCCUGCUGGAGCCUCCCGGCUCCGGAUCGCCCAGCUCCGGCCCAGCUCCAACUACCUCGCACUUCGUGGCCCUGGGGGCCGGUCCAUCAUUAAUGGAAACUGGGCUGUGGAUCCCCCUGGGUCCUACGCUGCUGGCGGGACUGUCUUCCGGUACAGCCGUCCUCCUCGAGAGGAGGGCGUGGGAGAGAGUCUGUCCGCGGAAGGCCCCACGACCCAGCCUGUGGAUGUCUAUAUGAUCUUUCAGGAGGAAAACCCAGGUGUUUUCUACCAGUAUGUCAUCUCUUCACCUCCUCCAAACCUUGAGAACCCCACGCCAGAGCCCCGUCUCCCCCAACUCCAGCCUGAGGUUUUGAGGGGAGAGCCCCCACCUGCUUCAGUACCCCGCCCUGCCCGCACCCCAGGCACCCUCCAGCGUCAGGUGCGGAUCCCCCAGAUGCCCGCCCCGCCCCAUCCCAGGACACCCCUGGGGUCUCCAGCCGGAUACUGGAAACGGGUGGGACACUCUGAGUGCUCGGCCUCCUGUGGAAAAGGUGUCUGGCGCCCUGUCUUCCUCUGCAUUUCUCGUGAGUCAGGAGAGGAACUGGAUGAACGCAGCUGUGCCGUGGGCACCAGGCCCCCAGCCUCCCAGGAACCCUGCCACGGCCCCCCGUGCCCACCGUACUGGGAGGCCGGCGAGUGGACGUCCUGCAGCCGCUCCUGUGGCCCCGGCACCCAGCACCGUCAGCUGCGCUGCCGGCAGGAGUUUGGGGGCGGCGGCUCGUCGGUGCCCCUGGAGCGCUGCGGACAUCUGCCCCGGCCCAACAUCACCCAGCCGUGCCAGCUGCGCCUCUGCGGCCGCUGGGAGGUCCGCUCCCCCUGGAGCCAGUGCUCUGUGCGGUGCGGGCGCGGCCAGAGGAGCCGACAGGUCCGCUGCGUCGGCAACAACGGUGAUGAAGUGAGCGAGCAGGAGUGCGUCUCAGGCCCCCCGCGGCCCCCCAGCAGAGAGGCCUGUGACAUGGGGCCCUGCACCACAGCCUGGUUCCACAGCGACUGGAGCUCCAAGUGCUCAGCUGAGUGUGGGACGGGAAUCCAGCGACGUUCUGUCGUCUGCCUCGGGAGUGGGGAGACCCAUGGGGAGGGCCAGGAGGAAGCAAGGGCAGGAGCCACUGAGCAGACCUGUGCACCAGGAAGCCGCCCCCCUGACAUGCGUGCCUGCAGCUUGGGGCCCUGUGAGGUGACGUGGUGCUGGUACACGGGGCCCUGGGCAGAGUGCUCCUCAGAAUGUGGCUCUGGCACGCAGCGUAGAGACAUCAUCUGCGUGUCCAAACUGGGGACUGAGUUCAAUGUGACUUCUCCUAGCAACUGUUCCCACCUGCCCAGGCCCCCUGCCCUGCAGCCCUGUCAGGGGCAGGACUGCCAGGACCGAUGGUUUUCUACACCCUGGAGUCCGUGUUCUCGCUCCUGCCAGGGGGGCAUGCAGACAAGGGAGGUCCAGUGCCUGACCGCCAACCAGACACUCAGCAUCCGAUGCCCUCCUCACCUGCGGCCCUCCAGGAAACGAUCCUGUAACAGCCAACCCUGCAGCCAGCGCCCAGAUGAUCAAUGCAAGGACAGCUCUCCACAUUGCCCCCUGGUGGUGCAGGCCCGGCUCUGCGUCUAUCCCUACUACACAGCUACCUGUUGCCGCUCUUGCGCCCAUGUCCUGGAGCGGUCUCCCCCGGAGCCCGCCUGAAAUGGGCCCAGGAGGCCCUCUCCUCGUGGUUUUCUCAUGCCACCAUCAGUCACCUGUCAGUCAGCCCACUCUGUACCCUCUGGCUCUCUAGCCUGUCCUGGUCUCACUAGGGACGUCCCCCAGGGUGGUCAAAGGUGGCAAGAUGACGGACAGUAACUGUCAGGACGUGUGGUUGGGUCUGUGCGGUGGUGUGAUGGUGUGUGUGCACAUAUGCCCCCAGAUGUGUAUCUGGGCCUGUGUGGAUGUGUGUGCGCCCAUAAAUCUGUAUCACUUCUCAAAAAGAAGUUACACAGACUGAGAAGGAACCGGGAGAGGGGACAAUGCCUGUUUCCGUGAGAGUUUUCUAGGCUGAAAGGAAAGCAAGUUUGCAACUCUUUGGGAAUCUGAGCUACUUAGAGCCUGGCCUCCCCAUUAAUCCCAACUUUGUGUCCUAAACCUCAUUUCUCCUGUUCAGGCCACACAUCAUCUAAACCAUCCUUUUGUCCUCUGACCCUUUCUCCCCUUACUUAGUCUCUCUAUCCCUCCCUCUCAUAGUUAGCUAGGGAUGGGGUGAGCCAUUGCCAAUCCUGCUUUUCCCCAGGAAGAGAGACUAUCUCCCCAGAGCAGGGACCAGCUGGGCAGAGGAUGGAAAAGAGAAAGGUUAGAAUAAGACACCCUAGCCCCUGCUCCCGCUCCCCACCUCCUAAAAUGGUUCCCACCCCAGAACUAAUUUAUUUUUUAUUAAAGAUGAUUAUGACAAAUGAGAAA